AUGUCCCUCGUCGCCGGCCCCGGACGCGGAGGAGCCAUCUCUGAACUGCCUUCCCAACUGCAACUCUACGCUCAGAAACACGUCGAUUACAUACAGUCUCUCGACACGCGGAAGCAUGAACUCGAGUACUGGCUCACCGAACACCUGCGUAUGAGCGGUAUAUACUGGGGCAUCACUCCACUCUACCUGCUCAGCCAACCAGAUGCCUUGCCCAGAUCCGGUUUGCUGGACUUCGUCUUCUCCUGUCUACACGAGAACGGCGGCUUUGGUGCUGCGCCCGGCCACGAUCCUCACAUGCUCUACACCGUCAGUGCUGUCCAAGUACUCGCCACCUUGGAUGCAUUUGCAGACCUAGAGCAAAAGAUACCUGGGGGCAAGCUUCGCAUAGGUCGCUUCAUCGCUAGUCUUCAGAAACCUGGUAACGGCACUUUCGCUGGUGACGAGUGGGGUGAGACCGACACUCGAUUCCUUUACGGUGCGUUCAAUGCCCUCUCCCUGCUCGGUCUGAUACAUCUGGUCGAUGUCGACAAGGCUAUAGAACACGUACAGUCUUGCGCAAACUUCGAUGGUGGCUAUGGAACGGGCCCAGGAGCAGAAUCACAUUCGGGUCAAGUCUUUACCUGCGUUGGGACUCUUGCCAUCGCGAACCGUCUGGAUCUUGUCGACAUAGAUAAGCUUGGCGGCUGGCUCAGCGAAAGACAGCUUCCCAAUGGCGGCCUCAACGGUAGACCAGAGAAGCUUGAAGAUGUGUGUUACAGCUGGUGGGUCGUGAGUAGUCUGGCAAUGAUCGACAGAAUCCACUGGAUCGAUCAGACCAAGCUAGCAGAGUUCAUUUUGAAAUGUCAGGACCCAAACAUGGGCGGCAUCUCAGACAGAGCGGGUGACAUGGUUGAUGUGUUUCACACACAUUUCGGUAUCGCUGGUCUCAGUCUGCUGCAAUACCCCGGACUGCAAAAGAUUGAUCCUAUCUACUGUAUGCCUAAAGACGUAACGGACCGAGUGCUCGGUCGGACAAGUAAGUAG